GCCGCAGUUCUGAAGUCCGGCCACUUCCAUCCGGGAAACUACCUCUUCCAACCUACGCAGCUACCCCUGAUAAUCCUACCCUCCGUGGUUCUCCCGUUUUAGAACAAUUUUUGUAUUUUUCCCUUCUUUUUCUCUCCCCCAGCACAGGAGUGACUCGGCCCCUUCCAGAAAAACACCCGAAGCGAUUUCCAGUCUACAACUUAAAUAUGUUGCAUCAACCGAGCCUCCGCCUAAGGCCGGCGGAUUUAAAGCCUCGGGCUGGGGGGUGAUCGGCCGAGGGGGACCGGAGGGUGGACUGUAGCUCUUAGCUCCCUGCCCACCGCCUCUCAGCGCAGGGGCACCCACGCCGAGAGGUGACGAAGGGGGCGGAGUCCGCUUUUGGCGCCAGCAGCCGCAACGCUGAAAAGCCUCCUCCUUGCAGACCCGGGUCACGGUUUUCACCCCGACCUCUCUUGUUCCCUUCUCCCCUCCUCUCCAGGGACACUCGGGCGCCGCGGCGCGGACGUAAUAGCUCUUCAAGUCUGCAAUAAAAAAUGGCGUCCAAUAAAACUACAUUGCAAAAAAUGGGAAAGAAACAAAAUGGAAAAAGUAAAAAAGUUGAGGAAGCAGAGCCUGAAGAAUUUGUGGUAGAAAAAGUACUGGACCGCCGUGUAGUGAAUGGGAAGGUGGAAUAUUUUCUGAAGUGGAAGGGAUUUACAGAUGCUGACAAUACAUGGGAACCUGAAGAAAAUUUAGAUUGUCCAGAGUUAAUUGAAGCAUUUCUUAAUUCUCAAAAAGCUGGUAAAGAAAAAGAUGGUACAAAACGAAAAUCUUUAUCUGACAGUGAAUCUGAUGAUAGCAAAUCAAAGAAAAAAAGAGAUGCUGCUGACAAACCUAGAGGCUUUGCUAGAGGUCUUGAUCCUGAACGAAUAAUUGGUGCCACAGACAGUAGUGGGGAAUUGAUGUUUCUCAUGAAAUGGAAAGAUUCAGAUGAGGCUGACUUGGUGCUGGCAAAAGAGGCAAAUAUGAAAUGUCCUCAAAUUGUAAUCGCUUUUUAUGAAGAGAGACUAACCUGGCAUUCUUGUCCAGAAGAUGAAGCUCAAUAACUUACAUCAUUUAUAUAUAUUUAUAUAUAUAUAAAAUAUGGGUAAUAAUGGGUCUUGGUUUUGAUUUACUGGUGUGAAAAAAACAGCAUUCUAGUGAAAAUCAAGUUGAAUAUGUUAAUUUUGAAAAUAGUAUUUGGGAGAGUUGUUGGGUUUUGUUUGUUUUGCAUCUAUAGCACUGGUUUCUUUGAACAAAUAAAAGCUUUUGUAGUUGCUUUCUUUGUCAGUAAAGAGCUAGCCUGAUACAUUUCCUCUGCUUUUCUAAAUGUUAGGGGAAUUGUCCAUAGUCAAACUAAAUCAGAACUCAUGUUAUAACUUACAUGCUUAUGGACCAUUCUUGAGUUUUUUGUUUGUGUGUGUAUAAAUAAAAUACUUAUAUAAAUGGUUUUUGUUUUGUUUUUAAGCAGUCACCAAAAAAAAAAAUUUCUGGGUGAUAAGUUCAUGUUUGGGAUGCCCUCAUGCUAGCAAUUUAAGAAAUCAUUAAAAAAAUAUUAAAAAGAAGAAAUCACUUCCAGUUAAACGUUUUCCUGAAGCCAUAACUUUUCAAGUUAAAGAGGUGGUUUUGUGGUUAAUAGGACUGUUUAAAGUGGAUAUUUUCAAAACAGCAUUAGCAGAAUCUAGAUCUGUGUCUUUAGUCAAUAAAAUGCUGCAGUUUACUUGCAAAUUUUCUGAAAAAAAGAAUUGUUCUCUCUACUAACAACUUCCCAACCCAAAUAAGGUAAUAAGUCAAAACCUGGUUUAUUUGAAUUAGCUAAGGAAGACUUGUUAAGGGAACAUUAAAGAUUCCUCAUGACCCAUUGCUUUGCAACAAAAAUAUGUACUCAAAAGUCAGGAUUUGUGGAUGUCUAAAGACUUGGCCUAUGGUAACCUACUGAGUGGUAAGUGUUCACAGUUUAGGACCUGCUAGAAUCACUGAGUGAACAAACUUGUAAUCUAAAAUUACUGACCUGCAUGUUUUUCUUGACCCCGACGUGCUCGUUACAUGUAGGCUCAAUCUUUUCAGUAUUUGGGUUACUGUUUUCAGCAGAAGCCAGGAAAACAACUUUGUAGUAGUCAGAAUGUUAUUCUACUGUAUAUUGUUUACUUACUGUAAAUAAUGGUGAGCAGUGGUCAAUAAAUAGUUUUAUAUUCCUUUAUGUGGUAA